UGCGUCCCUCUCCAUGCCACGACUCGCUGUUUCGUUCCAUCUUGUGAAGCGGCGAAUCACUGACAGUAGGCCUACAAGGAGUUAUUCACCUUUGUCUUUUUAGUGUCUGUCUGCGACGAGACUACACCGAGGCUGUUCAGGCGCUCUGCCUGUAAACUAAGCGGGAUCUCGCGAGAGUGGUGGCGUGGCUGGCUGUGUGGUUGCAGUAGACAGAGGGAGAAGGCAGGCAGCAUCAUGGCGGACAGAGACAGUGGAAGUGAGCAGGGAGGAGCAGCCACGGGCCCGGGCGUCGGUUCCAUGCACCCAGUGACAGGAGGGGCGGGCUCGGCUUCCGGGCUGCAACACGAGACGCAAGAGCUGGCGUCGAAACGAGUUGACAUUCAAAAUAAACGUUUCUAUCUGGACGUGAAGCAGAACGCAAAAGGCCGCUUCUUAAAGAUAGCUGAAGUCGGGGCCGGGGGUAACAAGAGCCGCCUCACUCUCUCCAUGUCAGUGGCAGUCGAGUUCCGUGACUACUUAGGGGACUUCAUCGAACAUUAUGCCCAAUUAGGUCCUAGCAAUCCGGACAUCGCACAGGAUGAGCCGAGGCGAGCACUUAAAAGCGAAUUCUUGGUCCGGGAGAAUCGGAAGUACUACAUGGAUCUGAAAGAGAACCAGAGAGGCCGGUUUCUGAGGAUUCGACAGACCGUGAACCGGGGGCCCGGUUUGGGAUCCACGCAAGGCCAGACAAUUGCUCUGCCUGCACAGGGACUUAUUGAGUUUCGUGACGCUUUGGCAAAACUCAUUGACGACUACGGAGUAGAUGACGAACCUGCCGAGUUGCCAGAGGGGACCUCCUUGACAGUGGACAACAAACGCUUUUUCUUCGACGUGGGCUCCAAUAAGUACGGAGUGUUCAUGCGGGUAAGCGAGGUGAAGCCAACAUACCGCAACUCUAUCACGGUGCCCUACAAAGUGUGGUCCAAAUUUGGAAAUACGUUCUGUAAAUACGCGGAGGAGAUGAAGAAGAUCCAGGAGAAACAGCGGGAGAAAAGGGCAUGUGAAAUGCAGCAACAAGAGGAGAUGCAUGCUGAUGAUGCAGACGAGGAUUGAUAUAUAGAGCAAAAAACAUGCAAGAAAAUAAUCGAAAUAACAAAAAGAGAAAUUAUAAUAACUUUACUGUAAAAAGAAAGAAAUCUAAAGAUUUAACUGUAACUGUUUAACUCCAAGGGAGCACCACCCACAAAAAAAUAAACCUCCACAAACUGACAGUUAUGACAUGUCACCCGUCGCUGGAUGUUACCCACUUACCCACCAUUAAUACAGUAAGCGGCUGCUAAACAAAGUAAUAACAUUAUAUAUGAACCGUGUUUCCUACUUGAUGAUAAAGAACUGAGUGUUUAUUUCUCUUAUUAACCAAUAACUUUUGUACACGUUAAAGAUAUUAUUAGUGUUUGCAAUGUUCAAAUGGAAUUAUUGCCGAGUUAUGAGAAACAAGUCCUUUUCAUUUGACUUCAGCACAAAAUCAGAUAUUUUAGUUUUUUUAACCAAAAUUUAAAACCUUUUUAAGAGGUUGACAUAGUGUAGGUCUACUUGCCACCCUAUUUACUUGUACCUGUGAGUAGAGAUUUGUUUACACAUAAAUCAUAUGAGGGCUAGGCCUGCUUUGGAAUUUUGUUUAGAUGUCAUGCAUUCUGUACUUUCAAUGUCAUGCAACGAAAUACGUGCUCUCUCUCUCUCUCUCUCUCUCUCUCUCUCUCUCUCUCGUGCAAUAUGCAUUGCAUUGAACUCGGAACACAUUGAACUGGUCAAUGGAACUCGACAUGAAAACUUUCAAAAGGAAUAUUACUCUUGUAACUUCUGUUUCAAUUGAAAGUGUCGUCAUGCAGAUCGUUAUACUAUAGACUAUCUUUGUGUCUCGUCAUGCAAUGUGUUAAAAAAAAAAAAGGUACCGUCUUAGAUUAAGGAAGUGCAGUGACAACAUGCAGCAAAUGACAUGAGAAGUGGUUGAGAACAGCAUAUUUGUCGUAUAGACCACUCAACCCUGCUAGCACCACCUAAUUGGCAUCAUGGUCUAUUGAUAGUGCUGAUUUUUAAAAAAUCAAAAAAAGUAAAGCAUGGUUUUGAGAAUCUGAAAUGUAUGUCAACAUCAGCGCUUAUGAAUAAGAGGUUUUCUGUUGGACAAUUUGACACACAAAGGACCAGGAAAUAUCAUCCAACCAAUAAGAUGCCAAUGUACCAAUGAGUGCUGUUGCUGCAUGUUUACCUGUACAAAGCCUGAUAUUGGUUUUCACACAUUGUGGCUCAAGGACACCUCUCCAAGCUGCUUGUCAUCCCUGUAAACAGUGUAAAUGCUCAACUGAUCUUUAGAUUGAAUGCUGGUCUGAAUAUCUGUUGUUUCCAAAGAAGCUGGAAACAAUCAGAUCAUGUCAGAUUUGUCCCAGUAUUUAGUGAAAAGAUGGCCUGGCAUAUUGGAUGGAAUAUAAAGCAGCAGGCCUAACUGUCCUUGAGCCCCUCUGGUUAAAGCCACUGGUGUAAAUGGUACACGGAUGGGAGCGUCCUCGGCAUAUAAACAACAUGGUGCCUUAAACACUCCGCAUGAUUACAUGUUGGCCUGAUGCUUUGGAUCACAGUUUGGCUUUUUGGGUUUCCCCGUAUUGCUUUUCCGUUUGCCGCAGCACAACUUGUGGUGCCAAGGGGUUCUUUAAGAACCCUUCCGAAAAGAAAAGGGGGCAGAUUACAAAGCUUUUUCUGCCCCCUUUCCCAAUCUCACUCUCAUCCCCAAGCCAUCCAGGUAUCGGCCUACAUGUAAAUGUGGAAAGGGGUGGUCACCGAGAAGACAAUGCAUAGGAGGCUGCUCUUCACAGGCCCAGCCUGGCGAGGUGGAGCAGAGAGCAGUUGCUGACUGGGAACAUCACUGUGGACUGGAUUGAGGCUUGUUGGAGGCCCCCUUGUGACGCUCUCUGUGUGUAGUUCUAUGGCUUGGGCAGUAAUGUGUCAUUUGUAAGUUGCUAAAGAACUCAAUUAGGGGGAGUAGUAAGCAUGUCUUAUUUUGAUUUGUGUUUAGUUUUUUAGUUUGAACUUUUCAGCGUUAUUCCACAUCGUUUGUCAUUUUGAAUGUUGUUUUUUUUUGCUCACAAAGGAUGUUUUCUUUUCAGUGCAACAUUUCAUUACUGUGUGCAAUAUCCUAUGUGCCGAUUCAUGGCAAUAUGUAUAUCAAUUAAAUAUAUGAUUAAUAUUUGAA